AUGGGUCGCACAAGGCCAAAUGCUAAAAAAGCUUCUGUGAUUGCAGUAAAAGACGUGGGGUCUGCUCCAGAUACUAAAGCACUACCAUCCUCACCAGCUCUCCUGGAGAAGGCACAGAGCUUGAUCGUACAAUGCGACUAUGAACUCGCCGGUCUGUUUAUACGACGCGUGCUGGACCGGGAGCCCAACAAUGCACAGGCGAAGGAGAUGCUGGGCGUCGUGCAGCUAGAAAUCGGCGAGCUCGAGCUCGCGAAGGCGACAUUUGAAUCAUUAAUCCCUCCACGCGCGGGUGCCCCUAAUCCUCCUCCCCACUCUGCUCACUUGUACCUUGCGCAACUGAGUGACGAUCCGCAUUUGGCAUUACGACACUAUCAAGCAGCCAUCGACCUUCUAACCGCGCAGCUCAAGGGGAAAGAGCGUGCAGUCGACGCGGUGAGCGAAAAUGAUGACGAAACAGAGCUGAAGCAGACCACCGUCCGAGCGCUAUGCGCGAUGGUUGAGAUAUGGAUGGAUCCCUCGUGUGAUUUAUGCGAUGACCCUGCGGCAGAGAAGACUUGCGAGGACCUGUUGAAUCUUGCUGUACAGAUCGAUCCGGGAAACAACGAGGCUUUGCAGACUCUCGCUUCUGUCAGACUCUCGCAAGAGAGACCCGAUGAUGCAAAGGUCUGCCUCGAACAGGCAUGGGUAUCAUGGAAGGACAUGGAUCUUGAUGAUCCUCGUAUGCCACCAAUACCUACACGCCUGUCUCUGGUGAAGCUAUUCCUCGAGUCGUCGCUUUUCGCGCCCGCCCUCUUAGUAUUGCAGGGAGUCAUUGCAACCGAUGACCAGGAUGUUGAAGCGUGGUACUUGGAGGGCUGGUGUUUCUUCAUGAUGGCGGAACAAGCACAGGAGAAUGAGGGACAGCUGGACGGCCUCACAUGGCAAGAGCUGGCUCGAGACUCGAGGGAUUGUCUAGAGACCUGCAAGACUCUGCAUGUCAACCAGGACUACCCCGACAAGCCGCUGCUAGAGCAUGUCGAAGAGCUUCUUGCGAAAUUGGACGCGCUAGGUAUACAGCCUUCUCCUGACGACGACGACGACGAAGGAGGCGAUGGCGAUGGAUGGGAAGACGCGGAGGGCAGCGAGGACGGUGAUUCAGACGUAGACAUGUCAUGA